AUGCCCGUCGUCGCCCCGAUUGCGCCAAUCGGCUCUUUCGACAUCGACGAUGACGAUGAGGAGGGCUGGGAGGACAUGCCGGUUGUACGGGAGGAUCAUUCACUGAGUGGUCUUGACGAAGAAGACCAAAAGAAAUACCACUACGACACCUCUGCCAAAGUUUCGUCCUCAAAGAAUGCGACAGGCAACCUCAUCGAUUUUGACGACAGCGGAUACGAGUGGAGGACGAAGCUGGACAAUCAAAACGAGAGCGAAUACACGCGACUGCGAGGGCACGACGAGGAUGAGUCUGACGAGGUUCAUAUGCGGACAAAAUACCUAUUUGACGAGGACAAGGCUAUGACCCCGCUCAGCCAGAUGCAGGCCACCAAGAAUCUUCUCACAGAGGCCCAACGCAUAGCAUAUGUUGGCCUCUGCUCGCUCAUUACCCAAGAAAUGACCCACGACCUCAAACGUCCGAAUCGCAAGGAGUUCAAAGGCGCUGUUCAGAACACGGAGCUGUGGGCACUGAAAAUAAUGGGUCGGUUGUACUAUCAUAUGGAAGUUCAAACUCAAGAGCAGAAGAUGAUUGAGAGUCUCUCUCAACACGGUGUUCAAGCUAUGGACCUUGUUCCUGCUUUGAUGACCACACACACUGUGGCGAAUCCCGAGUACGACCCUGCAGAAGCCAGGCGAAAGGCCAAGGCUGACGAGAUUUUGUUUGAAGCCCCACCUACCCCCAUGGCUCCAACAAUACCCCAAACACCGGCCACAGCGACAUUCCAAACCACCGCACGAGUACUCGCUGAUACCAGCACCGCCGCCAUUCCUGGAGUAUCAACUACACUCUCCACUGCUGACGAAAACGUCACCCUCGACAUUCGAUGGACGGUCUUAUGCGAUCUUUUCCUCAUCCUUAUUGCCGACAGCGUUUAUGAUGCGCGUUCACGGGUACUUCUCGAGCGAGCUGCGCUUAAAUUAGGCUUGGGAUGGAUAGAUGUCGUACGAUUCGAGAGUCGAGUGACGGAGGCACUGGAAAUCCAAGAGGAUGUGGACAAGAUGGAGCAGCAAGAGGUGAUUGAAGGACGCCAAAAGGCGGCACGAAAGAAGCGCUACAUGAUGUUGGGGCUCGCAACGCUGGGCGGUGGCCUCGUGAUUGGUCUUUCUGCGGGUCUUCUUGCACCCGUUAUUGGAGCUGGUUUAGGUGCUGCCUUGGGGACUGUCGGAAUUACAGGGACCACUGGCUUCCUUGCUGGCGCUGGUGGAGCAGCUGUAAUCACAACAGGAGGAGUGCUAACGGGGUCCGGAAUCGCCAUGAAGGGCAUGAUAAACCGAACACAAUUCGUCCGCACCUUCGAAAUAUUACCGCUGCACAACAACAAACGAGUCAGCGCCAUCCUCACCGUCCCUGGAUUCAUGACAGGCAAAUUGGACGAUGUAAGGCUGCCGUUCAGUGUCCUCGAUCCAGUGGUUGGAGAUGUGUUCAGCGUUUUAUGGGAGCCAGAGAUGAUUCAGGAGACGGGUAGCGCGCUGAAGAUCCUCACAACCGAAGUUCUCACCCAAAUUGGUCAGACUGUGCUCCAAGCCACAGUCAUGACGGCUCUUAUGAGUGCCCUUCAAUGGCCGAUCAUUCUCACGAAACUAGGUUACCUCAUCGAUAAUCCAUGGAAUAAUGCUUUGGAUAGAGCGAAAGCAGCCGGCAGCGUGCUUGCUCAGGUUUUGGUGCAGCGACAUCUCGGUGUCCGACCCAUCACUCUCAUAGGCUUUUCUCUCGGUGCCCGUGUCAUCUUUUACGCUCUUAUCGAGCUCGCCAAGCAAAAGGCCUAUGGGGUUGUUCAAGACGUUUUUCUUAUGGGUGCCACACUCUCUGUUUCCACUCAGAUGUGGUGCGAUACUCGUUCUGUGGUUUCGGGCCGAUAUGUCAAUGCCUAUGCCCGAAACGACUGGGUUUUGAACUAUCUGUUCCGCGCAACAAGUGGUGGAGUUGGCACAGUCGCGGGACUGCGACCGGUCGAAAACGUUCCUGGAUUGGAGAAUGUCGACGUAACCGAUAAGAUUGCGGGGCAUAUGAGUUACCGUACUUUCAUGCCCCUCAUUCUCGACCAACUUGGGUUUCCGGUGUUUGCCGACUUUUUCGACGAUCCGGUUGAACCUGAUUUUGAGGGAGAUCGGAUCGUGGAGCGGGAAGAAGACAAAAACAAGAAGUCUGGAUGGUUCUCAAAUAAUAAGCCGCCGCCUCGACCGCAAUCCGUUUCACGACCCCCUACAGCCAGUUCCUUUUCGAAGCAUCAUAGUUCGACAGAGGCUGCUAGUGCUACUGCCGAAGACUACGAGUUACCCCCUCGCAUAGAUUCGCCGCCUCCUUCCUACAGCCCUGCAAGCCCAACCAAGCCUCAAACCGAUGUGGAGGGCGAGAGUAAGGCACAAGUGCCGACCCAUGCUGGCUUUGACUUUGCCGCCAUCAAAGACGUCCUCGGGAAGGCGGAGCUAAACCCUGAGGAGCUCAGAAUGCCGGAGCAGAAUCCAUUUCAGGCGCCGCAUAUCCCACCACCCACUUAUCGCUCGGAAUCGGCUCCUCCGCCUCUACCUACCCCACCCGCUGUCGAACGACCACUUACUCCCGAGCUCGCGACGUCACUAGCUAGGUCCCUCUCCGUCAAUGACGUUCAUGAAGAAGACGAGACAGAAACGGAGACAGAGUCUGAAGAAGAGGCUGCUCCGCCACCGAUACCAGCGAAGGCCUCGUCGUUUGCUGAUACAUCUUUGUGGGACAAGCCCAACCCAAGUCAGACCUCCUUUGGAUAUGCUGUCAAUGCGACACCAAACCCAUUUGCGUCUUCUACGCUGUCGUUCGGUGGGCCUGAUGGAUCGAUUUCCUUUGGUGGCGCCGAUGGCUCUAUAACGGGCCUGUCGUUUGGCGGGGUUGAUGGCUCUAUAUCCCACAACGCGUUUGCCGCACCCACCUCGACUGAUUCGUGGACAAUUCCGAAUGAUAUCGGGAGGGGGAAGAAGCCGGCGUUCAGUAGUUCGAAUCCAUGGGGCUAG